UUCUAUACGUAUAAUAAAUAUGACCUGUUGUCAGCAAAGAAAAUUCCCUGCUUUCCGUCCUCCCUCCUGAAUCACCAACGGCGGCCGGCGGCGGCGGCUUUUUCCCCUCUCCGAACCAAGCUAUCGUUGCUUCUUUUCUAUAUUUAAAGUUUAAACCCGCACAUGGCUUCUUCUUCCUCCCUGUGUUGUCGUUUUCUUUGUCAGCCCAACACCAACUCCUCCUCUUCAAAUCUCUCUCCUUCCUUCACUCCAAAGCCGCCUUCUGCAUCUCUGUCUUUCAGCAGAUGUUCGACCAGAGCUCUUCCGUCCUCUAACUCCGCUACCUCUCUCAUCGUUGAUGAGCCCGACCCUGUUUUCUCCUCCGUCAAAUCAUUCGCCCCCGCCACCGUCGCUAACCUCGGCCCCGGCUUCGACUUUCUCGGCUGUGCUGUCGACGGCGUUGGUGACUUCGUCACCCUCCGCGUAGACUCCGAUGUCCGUCCCGGCCACGUUUCUAUUUCCGACAUCUCCGGCUCCCCAGGUGCCAGCAAGCUCACCAAAAAUCCUCUCUUUAAUUGCGCCGGCAUCGCUGCCAUUGCUGUCAUGAAGAUGCUCCGUGUUCGCUCUGUUGGACUCUCUCUCUCCCUCGACAAGGGCUUGCCUCUAGGUAGUGGCCUCGGCUCCAGCGCCGCCAGUGCUGCUGCAGCUGCAGUUGCCGUAAACGAGUUGUUCGGAGCCCCAUUAUCGGUUUCGGACCUCGUGUUGGCCGGACUGGAAUCUGAGUCCAAGGUAUCUGGUUACCACGCGGAUAAUGUGGCCCCGGCGAUCAUGGGGGGCUUCGUCUUGAUUCGCAGCUACGAUCCCCUGGAACUCAUCCAGCUCAAGUUCCCGGGAAAUGCCGAAUUGUUUUUUGUGCUGGUGAACCCGGAAUUUGAAGCUCCCACGAAGAAGAUGAGGGCGGCAUUGCCACCAGAGAUAACCAUGUCUCACCACAUCUGGAAUUCCAGUCAGGCUGGCGCACUGGUAGCGUCAGUCUUGCAGGGAGACUUGAGGGGUUUAGGGAAGGCUUUGUCAUCCGAUAAAAUAGUGGAGCCGAGGAGGGCACCCCUGAUACCGGGAAUGGAAUCUGUCAAGGCCGCAGCACUUGAGGCAGGAGCAUUUGGCUGCACCAUCAGUGGAGCUGGUCCCACUGCUGUUGCGGUGACAGAUAAUGAGGAAAAAGGCAGAGAGAUUGGAGAGAGAAUGGUGGAAGUAUUUAUGAAGGCAGGUGAUUUGAAGGCUGUGGCAAUGGUAAAGAGGCUUGACCGUGUGGGUGCUAGGCUUGUUCACAGCACGCCAUGACACCAUUGACUUUGAUGAAUUCUUCUGGUCUGACCAAAAAAUUGGCAGGCUGGUGGAAAGGAAAGUAAUGUAUCCGGAGGCUCCGGUGUUCUUCCUUUGAACUGCUAAUAGCGUAUUUUCAGCUAUUUUUCAGAUAUCAUUUACUCUUGACUCUUAGUGUUGUUGUGCCCUAGAAUAAGUAUGAGAAAGAAAUUAGUGUCUUUUUGGCUCUCCUUUAGUUGUUGCAUGCUAUUGAAUGUCUUAUUGAUAUGUUUCCAAUAGUAUUUCCUAGUGUUUGAUCAUGAUUCAUUGUAGUGCAUUAUAUUUUUCAUCUCCGUCUUUUAAAUUUUUAGUUUGAUCAUGAAUGGCUUAUUUUAGUUUGUUCUACUUUGUUUGAUUUCCCACUUGGGAAAGGCAAGGUAUAAUAGUAGAUAACCUGUCAAGAAUUUGGAUAGUGUUGUUGUGCAUAUCAGAAAGUUUGAUUCUUUGCUAAUCUGUUAUCCUUCAUGAACACAAUGAAGCAAAUUCCUCGAUCCAAAAAUGCUUCUUUGCUAAACUAUCUUAUGUUUAUAGAGAAGUGUUUUCAAUUGUCCUUAUAGAAAUGAAGCUAAAAUCCCACUCUAUGAAUUGUGAAACAGCCACCACCCAGACAAAAAUUUUCUUAAUUAAAACUGAACAAUGUGCUGGUUUUUAGAUAAUAGAGAAAAUUUUAAAUUUGUGAUGGUCCAUGUUAUAGUUUUUCCCAGUGGUAAAACAUCACAACUUCUAUACUAUUCCACCCAUCGUCUUUGCUGUUAAAAUCAAGAGUAGCAGCUGCUGUUGUUAUUGCUUGUGAUUUUCCUGACUACUUGGAAAGGACUAUCAAAAAUUUUCUGAAAGACAUUGGGGUUCCUUGCAUUUUCCUAGUGCUCCGUUUAGCUGAGAUUUUCUGGCUUUCUUUGAUGUUUGAACUUUUUGUAGUUGCCAUUAGUAAUUUUGUUUGUGUGUGUGUAUUUUUUUUUUUGGUUGUCUUCAGUGUAAGAAAGAGGAUUUUUUUGGGUGUUCCUGAAAUGAGCAAUUUGUUACUAUUUUUUGUUAUUGAAUUUUAAGAAUAGUCUUGAAAUUAAUUUUCUUUGGAACUGGUUUGCUUGAUUACCUGCAAUCUAUUGCUUCACAUGGAUAUGGUUAUGUUUACACUAUAAAGAUCUCUGGAUGCUGAUUGAAACACAGCAAGAUUGCAAAUUAGGUAGGUUUGCUGUUUUCUUCUAACAAAAUUUAAGGACAUUAUUUGCUCACCUUUAGUCUUGGUCGUUCGAGCUGGCGUUGGAUAAAAAAUUUUACGAGCAUAGUUUCAGCAGAGACAUCGUACUUGAUGGUCUAAUUUUUGUUUUGAGUACUACUGCUGUCUUCUCUUGCUUUUAUUGAGUGGCGGUUCCUAUGAGAUGGAAAUUGCCCCAGAUUUUGAAAACCAUUAUGAAGCUAGGGCCUAGCUUCUUGAAAGUGCUAAGUGUGUUCUUUUGAAGGAAGUCAAGAUCAUUUAACUCUUCAUCUGCUUCAAACCACUUGAUCAAUUGUGCUGUAGUAUCUCCGUUGAAUUACAAUGGACACAAGGGGUUUUUGCAAGAUCCUUGUAAUAUUCUUACUUUCUUUCUUUCUUUUGCUGACCAUUACAAAAUCUGAAUAAUGUAUUUAUUUAUAAACUGCAUAAUCGUAAAAAUGGUAGUAACUAUGUCAGCAAUCUUCUGGUAUAUGCUGGUUUCUACCGAAUGAUUAACAAGAUUUCACUUUAAAACUUCUGUUAUUCUUCUAUAGUAAUAGUCCGGAAA